AUGCUGCGUCGCUCCCACCGCCCAACUACCACCACCACCCGCGAAACCAAGCCCUCGCUCAUGACUCGCCUCAAGGGCCCCGGUGCUCGCACCCAAACCACCAAGACCAAGACCACCACCACUCGGCACGGCCACGGCCACGGCCAUGCCACAACUACAGGCAGCGGCCACCGCACCUCCAAGCGCCACGUCGGUACCACUCAGACUGCUCACCACCACAAGCGCAAGGUCACCAUGGGUGACAAGGUCUCGGGCGCCAUGACCAAGUUGAAGGGAACUUUGACCGGCCGACCGGGUGUCAAGGCUGCUGGUACUCGCCGCAUGCACGGCACCGACGGUCGCGGAAGCCACCACCGCACUGCCUAUUAG